AUGACAGUCCGAUUGAAGAGGAUCUACCUUUGAAGAACCUUCUCUUGAUGGUCCUGGUUCCAUUGUUUGCUGUUUUGAUUCUCAUGAUAUUAGUUGGUCUCUUUGUCUGGAAGUGGGCCCAAAGCCGGCGGAGACAUAUGCCAUUUGGGUCUAAUGAACUGGGCGAUGUGGAUUUUAUGCUGAAGAACUCUCUGGCUGGGGACAGCACCUUAGAAGUCUUGCUGAAUGAUGACUGCACUACUGGAAGCGGCUCUGGGCUGCCCUUUCUAGUCCAAAGAACGGUGGCUCGGCAGAUCACCUUGGUUGAAUGCGUUGGCAAAGGACGCUAUGGGGAAGUGUGGCGUGGCAUUUGGCAUGGGGAGAAUGUGGCGGUCAAGAUUUUCUCUUCCCGUGAUGAGCAGUCAUGGUUCCGUGAGACUGAGAUUUACAACACGGUGCUGCUAAGGCACGACAACAUCUUAGGAUUCAUUGCAUCAGACAUGACAUCACGGAAUUCAAGUACUCAACUCUGGCUAAUCACCCACUAUCAUGAGCAUGGCUCCCUCUAUGAUUACUUGCAAUGCACAGUGUUGGAUGUGGAGACCUGCUUGCGUUUGGCCACCUCGAUCAUCUGUGGGCUGGUUCACUUGCAUGUGGAGAUCUUUGGCACCCAGGGCAAGCCAGCCAUUGCUCAUCGGGAUCUGAAAAGCAGGAAUAUCUUGGUCAAGAACAAUAAGCAGUGCUGUAUUGCUGAUUUAGGAUUGGCAGUCAUGCAUUCCCAGAGUAAUGAUUACUUGGAUAUUGGUAACAACCCACGGGUGGGCACCAAACGCUAUAUGGCACCUGAGGUUUUGGAUGAACAGAUUCGUAUGGACUGUUUUGAAUCCUUCAAGCGGACAGACAUCUGGGCUUAUGGUCUGGUCCUGUGGGAGAUAGCCCGAAGAACCAUUGUGAACGGGAUUAUUGAAGAUUAUAAACCUCCUUUCUUUGACUUGGUUCCAGCCGACCCCAGCUUUGAAGACAUGAAAAAAGUGGUUUGCAUUGACCAGCAGACACCCACCAUUCCAAAUCGGAUGUUCUCUGACCCGGCUUUAUCUUCCCUAGCUAAGAUCAUGAAAGAAUGCUGGUUCCAGAGUCCCCCAGCAAGACUGACAGCUCUGAGGAUUAAAAAGACACUGAAAAAACUCAGCAACUCCUUCCACAAACCCAAACACUCUCCUAACUUCUAGGAGCAGAGAUUGGAUUUAUGGCUCCUUGGCGCAAAGGAAGUUCAAGGUCACCCCUUCAAGGUUUCCUGCUGGUCCUGGCCUCUGUCUGUGGCUUGAACAGAACUCCUUUGAAGCUUGACCAAGAGGAUUUGGACUAGAGCUCUAUAGCUCAAACUAACCCUCUGCAGGGAAGUUUCACAGAACAGAUGACAGCUUCUGGGAUCCUUAAUUUGUUCCUCUAGCAACAAAAGGGAGGAGGGGCCCUACCCACUUCUUGCAGAAUGUACAUUAAUAUAAAUACUCCCUGGAUCUGUAACCUGACGCCAGCCCGUCUCGCCACCAAAUCCUGAAAAAUGGGAGGGAUCCCAUUUGCAAAGAACACAGCUGCUAUGCCCAAAGGGGUAGCUGCCUUUGAAACGCCAGUUAAGGAUCAUUUGCAAAGGUAGUGUUUAGAUUGAACGCAUAAAAUCUGUCCGUGCCUCUAGCUGUGUGUGCAUGCAUGUACAUGCAUGCAUGCAUGCGUACAGAGGAGCCAUUUCAAAAGCACCUACAAUGGUUGAAAGGGAUAGGCACAACUAUGCAAGCCUUUGUACUAGGUAAAUCUGAUUUAUCCGUUAUGGGCAUACGACAGGUUUUUUUUCUAUCUGUAUGUGAACGUGGAAAUCUGUCUAGAUUACCAGUGUGAUGUUGCUUUGCUUGUAUGUAGUCAUGAUUUUUUUAAUAUAAGCCGGAAUUUAUAGCACAAGGCUCCAAAAUGGCUCUCCAUCCUGUAACUCAUUUUAGAACCAGCCCUGACUAGCCCUGUCAUAUAAUCCCUGAACAUGGUCAGUAAAAACAGGGUGUAGCAACCAUGCUGAAGUAGAGCUGGCUUUCCUUCCCACGGAUGGAAGACGACUACCGGUAG